AUGCGUUCUCAAUUAACUUUCUCAACGCAUCGACUCGCUUGUUGCUUUGGACAUAGAUGUUCGGUUUAUGCUACGACAAGUUACGAGAAUGCAUUUAUUCCGCAGAAAAACUCUGCACUUUUCCUUCAGAAGCGAAUGCUACACGUGACUGAUGUACAACUGGUUCGUGCCCGUUAUCCAGAUGAAAAACAAGGGAAACCCCAAGAAGAAAAUGAUGGAAAUCAAUCGAAUUUAGAGGAAAAAUCGAGCGAACAGCAAGAAGGGCCGAAAAAAAUCGAUCCCGCUACCAUCAGAAAAUUGAGGAUGUAUGUCCUUGCUGUAGCGGGUCUUUCUUUUGUCACUUCGUUUAUAAUGUUAUCACAAAUGUUUACUGGCGAUCGAAAUUCUACGGACGGAUUAGCAAGUGAAGACUUUACCAGACCCGGCAUUCCAAUGAAAACAUUUGUCGACAAUUACUUGAAGCACGGAGAAGUGAAGCGAAUCGUUUUCGUUCCCGGAAACACCCGUGCUAUUGCGAUUUUGCAUCCUGGAGCUGUGAUCGACGGAAAACCAGCGUCAGAUCAAUCUGUAGUUGUCGAAUAUCCACAGAAUGCUCAGCAAUUUUGGGCUGAUAUUCGAAAAGCUGAAGCGGAAAUAGGAAUCGGACUUGCACAAGGAGUACAAAUCGACCUAUAUCAAGGAAUGACCACCCUCAAAGUGGUUGAAUUACUGAUUGGAGUGGUGAUUCUCGCUUGGCUAGGAACUCAGUACGGUCGUCUCCUACGGAAAAGACUCUUGGAGAAUCAGGCCAAAAACGCAAAGAAAUAA